CACCUCGCUCAUCCUCCGCAUCGUCAAGACGUUCAUUGCUCACGUAACCACGCCACGGGCGCUCGUUUUUUCUCAUCAAAAUCCACCAUAGUCCUUUUCGUAUUCUCGAUCGUUCCUCGAUCGAUCGUUUUACCGCGUUAACCUUACCUCGGGACGAGCAUUCGAAAUUCAAACACCGGCUUCGAUUCGUGACACGACGAAUUAACACAGGGUGGACAAAAGGGUUUCCAGUUAGGAAUAUACAUAUAUCAUCGGUAUCGGUAGCGAUUAUCGGAAACGCAUCGAUGCUAUCGAUCAACAUGCGAAUCUUCAAAGCGGUGCUGCUACUCGUCGCGUUCUCUUCUAAUAGAGUCCAGUGUUUACCGAUUGCGAAUGAGACAUCGAUCGUGGAAUCGACGACGCAGCUUCCUUACAAUUCUACAUACGAUCAUUACGAUCAACGACAAAACGGCACUGAAAAUUAUCGUAUCCACGUGGACGGCGUGAUAUUCGUCGUAGCUCCUGUCGAGACGCUUCUUCUAGCCGGUGCAGCCGCCGACGAUAAACCUAACUUACCGAUAAUUGAUCCGUCGAAGCCGACCUCGAUUAAACCGGAUGUUGAACCUAAACCGUCGCCUGCCCCCAAGUCAGCACACAGGGCUGGUCUGCGCUUUGCAAAUAUGCUGAUUCCGUUGCUGCGUCGUAUUCGUCACGAGUAAAGGACCUUGAUUUUUUUUAUUAAAGAAAUAAUCGCAUAAUACCCCUUUUCUCCUUCUCACCCACUUAACACCAUUGCUCUUAACUAUCUACUUCAUUAAAAUGAACUGGUCGGUUUAGGGUAGCAUUUAUUUUCAAUGUUGCUUGUCAUGAACUCGAUGAUCGUCAAAGGUUGCCUUAGAUAUUCAAUAUUUUUAGCUAAAGUAAGACCUUGGCUAAAAAUAUACCGUAAAAUAAAUUUUUAUUGAAACGAAAUUUAUUUGAUUAAAAAUUAAAAUACAUUAUUUAUGACUUCCUUUUUGGUAUAUCAUCACAAUACUUUGUAUAAAAAAUGCUUAGGACUAUAAUCCUCAGAAUAUAUAUCAUCUGGGUGGAAUCGUUAUUUCAUUAAAAGGAGGAGGAAAUGAAAAGAAACAAAAAAGGGAGUCAAAACGACGACUUUCACGCGAACUAUACAGAUACAGUUUAUAAUAAGUAACAUUGAAAGAAAGGAAGGAAACGUUAUGUAAAAAAAAAGAUC